AGGUAGGAUUUUGUCAGCGGUCGUUGUGACGUUGCUGGAACAUGGAAGGAUUCUUCACCACUCCUUUGUCCAUGAAUGUCGCUUGCCCGCCAAGCUAGAGCUAACCAUUAUUUUCUGGAUAUGGUGAAGGAAAUGAGAGUUGGAGGAGUGUGAGAGGUUUGAAUAUGUGGUGUAUGGCGCCAUGAGCAGAGGAGAAGCGUCUAGCAGACGACUCUCCACCAUGGCCAGCCUCGUCUGCAGGACCAACCUUGUCGCUGCUCUCAAGACUUUUUGCAGGAACUAUGGUAUUUCUGCGAUUCAUGGUACACAUAGUUUCCCAGAGUAUCCAAAACAAGUUAGAAUUGUUGAAGUUGGUCCUAGAGAUGGGCUGCAGAAUGAGAAGGAACUUGUCCCCACAGAUGUCAAGAUUGAAUUUAUAAAUAGACUCUCCCAGACUGGCCAUCAAUCUGUUGAAGUAACCAGUUUUGUAUCACCAAAAUGGGUGCCACAGUUAGCAGAUCAUGCUGAGGUGAUGCGUGGGAUCAAGAGAGUCAGGGUAUCAUAUCCUGUUCUUACCCCAAAUAUAAAAGGCUUUGAAGCUGCAAUUGCCGCAGGUUGCGAGGAAGUAGCUAUAUUUGGGGCAGCCUCUGAGUCAUUUAGUCAAAAGAAUAUUAACUGCAGUAUUGCAGAAUCUCUUGAGCGCUUUCAAGAUGUGAUGAAUGCAGCUAAUAAGAUGGGAAUCCGAGUGAGAGGUUAUGUCUCUUGUGUUUGUGGAUGUCCCUAUGAAGGUCCAGUUGAUCCCAAGACGGUGGCUAAGGUUGCAUAUGCAAUGUACCAAAUGGGGUGCUAUGAAAUUUCUCUGGGUGACACCAUUGGUGUAGGGACUCCGGGGAGCAUGCGCAGAAUGUUGGAAGAAGUAAUGACACUCUUACCACCAGAUGUUCUGGCAGUUCAUUGUCAUGAUACUUAUGGCCAAGCAUUGCCUAAUAUUCUAACAGCACUUCAGAUGGGCAUCAGUGUAGUGGAUGCAUCUGUAGCAGGGCUUGGUGGUUGUCCGUAUGCUCAAGGAGCAUCGGGUAAUGUUGCAACUGAGGAUGUUGUAUACAUGCUUGAUGGCUUACAAAUAGAGACUGGUGUUGAUUUAGAUAAAUUAAUAGAUGCUGGUAACUAUAUUUGCAAAAUCCUGAAUAGACCAAACUAUAGUAAAGUGAGUUGUGCUAAGACAAAAUGUUAAAUAAAUACACUAAUUAGUGUAAUAUGCAUACCGUAUUUAUUUUUUUAUAUUUUUAAUAAUAAAAGAUUGAUUUUUUAAAUAAAAAAAAAAAAGAAACUAUUGUCAAAGCUAUAUUCAUAUUGUUUCAAAAUUCUCAUAACAUACUGGAAGUACACUGUUGAAUUUGGGUUUCUGUCAAUGAAAAUUAAAGGAAAUGAAUGUUUGGCAAAAGGAUAGAGAGACCCAUAAACUAAUACCAGUUGUGAAUUAUGUUAUGAUUAAUUGUAUGCAUUUUGAAUAUACAUGUAUAUGUAGCUGGGCUCAAAGCUAUAUUUUUGGAUAGUCUGUUUAGGAUUGAGCAUUAUAAAAGCACUUCACAGGAACUUAAAUAUUUGUCAUUUAUCAAGAUAAUGGUUUUCAUCUUGAAAAGCAUCCACCCUGGUGCUUUACUUUAACACAUUCUUAUGCUGUUAACUUGUCUAACACAUUAACAGAGUAUGAGAAUGUGUAAAAGACCCUGGCUUAUCAUUUAUUCUCAUUGAUAUUCUUAUAUUGUUUUUCUAUUUCUUUCCUGCUUUCACAAUAUGCUGUACUAUAUUUAUUAAAGAAAUUUCUUUUGAAGCAAUUUUAUAUCCAUGUCCAAGAAAGUGGUUCCUAUUCAGGUGCAUCAUAACAGAUUGAGCCAUAUAGCACACAGUUGAAUGUUUUAAGUACAAGUUGAAUUUGUAGCACUUGAAUAUUUUAGAGAUCAAUAUUAGCCAAACAUUUUUAUGGCAUAUGGUAUUCUACGUGUAUAACCCCAUUUUGAAUUCUAGAAAAGUCCAUUUCUGAUGGUGAUUGUUUUUUAUUUGAACUAACAUAUGCUUCACAGACUCUCCAAAAUACACAUAGGAUGCUUUACAAGAUGACAUUGUGUAACCAUUACCAAUUGGUAAUUUUCAAAAGAUAUUUAUCUGUGAUAUCUAGUGUCUAAUAGUAUUUAUAUAGCUUGUAAAGUUUUGAAACUUAAGAGCUGUUCAUAAAACUUCUUGUGAUAAGCAUUCUUUUGCUGCAUUGUGCUAGCUCUCAAUUUUUGUCUCUUAGAUGUGUGUAAUUGCAUAUUCAUAGUAAUCCAGCAUCUGUUAUGGGUAGCCCAUUAUUCUCAGUUAAAGAUUCUUCUCUAAUAAUUUAUUCUUUAAGUGUAUGGAAUGCUAAACAAGGGUGGCAACUUCACAAUAAAUGGUUGUGAAGUUGCCGCCCUUGAGCAAAUGGAGGCAGUUAUUAUGACUACUACAGAAUUAAAAUUACAGAUAGGAGUGAGUGGAGGUAAAUAGUUUUUACAACUUGAUAUACUGUUGAAGUGUGAGCAAGGUAACACUUAUGAAGAGAUUCAGGGAAACCGGUUAUCUGGACUUGAGUUCCUAAGUGCCUGCACUCUGAGGAAGGGGUGGGUAUAUUUAUAGUUUGGAAGGGCAUCUGAACUGCAGUAUCGGCAUGCCUCUGGUAAGAUAGUGAUGGAGUGAGUGAUAGUGAAAUAGUGAACGUUUUUUUCUCUUGGGUCACCCUUUCUCGGUGAGAGAUGGCCAGUGUGUUAAAAAUAUGUAGAUAGGAAUGAGUGGAGGCAAGUGAUUUUUAUGACUUGACAUUCUGUUGGAGUGUGAGCAAAGUAAUAUUUAUGAAGAGAUUCAUGGAAGUACAGUACCUGCAUUCUGAAGGAGGGGGUGGGGAUAUUUGCAGUUUUGAACUGUAAUAUCAGCAUACCUCUGGCAAGAUAGUGAUAGUGCAAGUGUUUCUUCUUUUUUGGGCCACCCUAUCUUGGUGGGAGAUGGCCAGUAUGUUAAAAAUAAAUUAAUAAAAAUAUAUAUUUUUUUAAACAUACUGGCUGUCUCCCACUGAGAUAGGAUGACCUAAAAAAGACAUUUUCACUCAUUCACUCUAUCACUGUCUUGCACUGUAUUUUCCACCUCCAGGACUCAAGUCCAGCUAACUGGUUUCCCUGAAUCCCUUCACAAAAUGUUACCCUCCAACAGCUAGUCAAAUCCUGAAAAUCAUUUGCCUCCACUCAUGCUCACACAUGCUUACACAUGCCUGCUGGAUGUCGAAGCCCCUUACACACAAAAACCACCUUUCCUCCCCGUCUCCCUCCAGCAUAACAUACAUACAUACAUCUUCUUUCAACAAACCGGCUGCAUCCCACCAAAGCAGGGUGGCCCAAAAAAAAAAAAAAAGUUUCUCUUUUUAACUUUAGUAAUGUAUACAGAAAAAGGGGUUACUAGCCCCUUGCUCUGGCAUAUUAAUUGCCUCUUAUGACACAUGGCUUAUGGAGGAAGAAUUCCGUUCCACUUCCCCAUGGAGAUAAGAGGGAAUAAACAAGAACAAGAACUAGUAAGAAAAUUAGAAGAAAACCCAGAAGGAUGUGUAUAUAUAUGCUUGUACAUGCAAGUGUAGUGUAACCUAAGUGUAAGUAGAAGUAGGAAGACAUACCUGAAAUCUUGCAUGUUUAUGAGGCAGAAAAAAGACACCAGCAAUCCUACCAUCAUGUAAAAGAAUUACAGGCUUCCAUUUUACCCCCUUGGCAGGACGGUAGUACCUCCCUGGGUGGCUGCUGUCUACCAAUCUACUACCUACCAGAUAUACAUACAUACUCAAACUUAUACAUACAUACAUAUGCAAUAAGAUCACAGUAAACAGGUGAUUUCAGAAUAUGCAAAACAACCACUGUGAAAGAAUAGAAAUGUAAUUGAUAAAUCUUUUAAAGUUGCUAGAAAUACUUUUUACAAUCCAAAAAGGGAUAACCAGCCUUAUUCAACUAAAAAUAUGUUGGUUCUUCCUUACCAUGAAAACUUGGUUGAUAUGCCUUCUCUUCUUAAGACUUUUAAUAUUAAAGUUGUAUUAAAAAAUCUCGAUACGGUAAAAAAACUUUUGAUAAAGAAUUCCCCCCAAAAUGCUGAUGGAUGUGUCUAUAAGAUUCCUUGUAAAAUUUGCGAUAAAGUUUAUUACGGUCAAACUGGUAAAAAUCUCGAACUAAGAUUAAAAGAACAUAAAUAUAGCAUUAGAACUGGACAAGAUUCCAAUGCUCUAUUUAUUCAUGUAAGAGAUUUUAACCAUCCAAUUGAUUUUCAAAAAGUUGAGAAAGUAGUAUCAAGUAAGUCCAUGGUCGACAGGAAUAUAAUUGAAUCUUGUUUCAUAAAAAGCAGUUUUGACAAUAAUAUGAAUAUUUCCUUUGGUUUAUAUAAAUUAGAUCCAUUUAUAAUUAAUAGAAUUUGGGAAGAAUUUAAUAAUACAUUGGACAAAUAAUAAUUUUUUAAAUUUCUUAUUUCUUGGGUAGAAUAGUUUGUUGGUGGGUUUUAUUAAGGACCUGUCUAGUUCGGCCGGCGGGCCUGCUGUCUCGCGUCAGGUGUUUCGUUGUUGUGGGAUCUGAUAGUGAGGUGUGGGCUACCUCUUUAUAUACCUUCCUUUGAUGCUUUACUUUCAUUGUUCCUUGAUAAUGUGAGUAGUCACAAAAGUGCUUGGAACUUCUCUAUUCUUUCACAGUGGUUGUUUUGCAUACAUACAUAUUACACUCACAUACAUACAUUACAUCACAUGCAAAAGAAAAAGAUUUAGCAGAGAGAAAAAACUAAGGAGAUUUUUUGUUAUAGUUAAAAAUGAGUCUGCUGGCAGAUUGAGUCUAAUAUUCUAGUGGAAUAGGUUACUAGGUACUGUACUUGCAAAUCUUCUUUACUUUGCAUUAUUGUAGUUAGAACUAGUAUGUAUUCUAAAUGUUAUGCUGGUUUCACAUUUCAUGCAUUUAAAUUUCUGGGUAUUCUCUAGUUUGAUCUCUUGCAAUGUAUGAUUAUUGCUAUCAUGAAAAUCAUAAGAAAAAAAUAUUAAAUACAGUAUACUUCUUUUAUAACUAUGUAUGUAUAUAAAAUUUAUGUGCUCUGACCAGAAGUGGUUCAGUAUCACAGAUGUAUCAGUGCACUGAAGUAAUUUGUAGUAUGAUUGUGUAUAACUACACAAGUUAGACUAUUAAAGAAAUACAAUAUUGAAUGUAUGAUCACUUUAAAUGAAUCUCAAAACACUCUUAAGUCUAAAAUAAAAGACUUUUACUUAACGACAGGCAGAAUUUCAUAUCAGUUGUGUCCUCUGUGAAGUAAAUUACUUUAGACUUCAGAUAUAUAACAUACAUGUACUUUUUCUUUUUAACAUUAAGUACAAGUCAGUAGUAUGUGUUUCAUAUUUAAUAUUAAUAGGUAAUUAAAACUAACCCAUUGUUACAACAGUUGUGAAAAUACAGGUAUCCCUCAUUUCAUGCUGUGUGGAACAUUACUCUCUUCAGAAGGUUACAGUAUUUCCAACUGUGUUGCAUUAUAUUUUAAAUAACUACCUGUGUGGAUCAUUCAGCACAGUUGGGGAGAGAUUGGUUCUCUGCUUAUCACGGCCCUGUCUCUGAUCAGUCAGGCUGUUGAUGAUCACACUUACAGUUCCUCCAAAUCAGACACAAUUAAUAACUAUAUUGUUUCGUCUGAGGGGCCUGAUAUGUUAAUUAUUAUACUAAACAGUAUUUGAAUUAUACGGGAGUUCAUGUUUUGCUUUUUUUUUUUACCAAAGAAUGCAAACUAUUUGAAUUAGUUUAAAGAGAAUAUGAAAAGAACUUUUUGUUUUUAAUAUAUACAUAAUUUUUUUUUUAUUUAAUAAUUCCUGUUUAAAAGCAAUUUAUUUUCUGUAAUUUUUAAUAAAUUUGAUCAUGAGAUGUUUGCUGGUUUAUUUUUACAUGAAAUUAUUUGAGUUAUUCGUAGUAAAUUUACACAUUUGGCAAGAAAAGGAUUGUGUAUUUUAUAUCAAAAGAUGACCACAGGUAUGUAUUGAGAUGUAUAUUAUGAUAUAGCUCUAAUAUUGAAUACAGAGAGGGUUAGAUCUCUGGUCAGCUUGUUCCAUCAAGCCAAGAAGGUUUCCAUCUUGCUUUUAAAGAUUGUAUGUUUAUAUAGGACUACUGUAUGUUCUUGUAUACAAGUAUGUAUUUUUUGACUACUGGGUACUAUUUAUAAUUAUUUUGACUGGUUCAGCACUUAUUUUAAGUACUGUAUAACAAUACAGUAUAUUUUGCUCAGAGGCUGGAUUGAGAGGACUGUGAAUAGUAUAUUUAUUGCUAUAUAAACUAAGCUUUUACAUGAUCAUCAGAGACCAGAAAACUAAUCCUAGUUUUAUUGUUAGUUCACUGCAUUAAAAUCUGAUUUUUUUUUUCUAAAAUGCAGUACAUGAGUAGUUUGUUGGUAAAGCCCAUAUUAUAGCAUAUUGGGCAUGUAUUUGUAAUAUAAAUGUGUACUAUAAUGGAAUUGGUAUUCCAGGGUUUGCAGGCUGAAGAAUCUAGAUUUAGAUAAAAUGAUAUUUAAUGCAAUAGCUUGCUACUUGACUAAGAGUCAGCAGUAGGUAAAUAUAAUGUUCUUUUAUGCAUAAAUGCCAAUUAUGCUUAAUGCAUUUCCUACAUCCAUUUGAUUUUUUAGGAAUACUAUAUAUUUUUUUAACACGUUGGUUAUUUCCCACCAAGGCAGGGUGACCUAAAAAGAAAGAAAAAAACUUUCAUCAUCAUUCAACACUUUCACCAUCAUUCAUACAUAAUCACUGUCUUUGCAGAGGCACACAGAUACAGCAGUUUAGAUGUCACUCCAAAUAGCCAAUAUCCCAAACCCCUCCUUUAAAGUGCAGGCAUUGUACUUCCCAUCUCCAGGACUCAAGUCUGGUUAACCAGUUUACCUGAAUCCCUUCACAAAAUAUUAUCCCUGCUCACACUCCAACAGCUCGUCAGGUCCCAAAAACCAUUCGUCUCCAUUCACUCCUAUCUAGCACACUCACACAUGCUUGUUGGAAGUCCAAGCCCCUUGCCCACAAAACCUCCUUUACCCUGUCCCUCCAACCUUUCCUAGGAUGACCCCUACCCCUACACCAGUCUUUUCUAUAUUUCCAGCAGUUCAGUAGCUGUUGCAUAGCAAAGUACGUAUAUGGUCACUGUUCACGUAUCUGAUAAACAGGGAUACAUUAUAGAUGCAGAUUUUACUGUAGCUAGAACUGUAAUUACCUGGAGAGAGUUCCGGGGGUCAACGCCCCCGCCGCCCAGUCUGUGACCAGGCCUCCUGGUGGAUCAGCACCGGAUCAACCAGGCUGUUACUGCUGGCUGCACGCAAUCCAACGUACGAGCCACAGCCCGGCUGGUCAGGUACCGACUUUAGGUGUUUGCCCAGUGCCUGCUUGAAGACAGCCAGGGGUCUAUUGGUAAUCCCCCUUAUGUAUGCUGGGAGGCAGUUGAACAGUCUUGGGCCCCUGACACUUAUUGUAUUGUCUCUUAACGUGCUAGUGACACCCCUGCUUUUCAUUGGGGGGAUGUUCAUUCAUAUAAUUAAACAACUGGUAGUUAUAGAUAUGGUAUAAAUAUAAAUGGCAUGUACAGCCUACAAU